CCCGGCGCAGCCGCAUCAUCGAACCCGGCAGCGUUGGCGUGAAGGAUGCCGAUUUUUUUUUUUUUUUAAGAUGUCGGCUGUGCCUUCGUUAUUCAGCAUACAAAACUAUUUUGUGUGGAUUCGUGUUGUUGGCGCGUAUCGAGAGUUAAGCUCUGAGAAUGGAAUGAGAUGUAGGCCGCUAGGCCUGUCUUAACGUUGUGUUUCGUUUAAUAUUGCGCGGGUUUUAUGCUAGGUGUCGUGUUUCUGUGUUUUAUCAUAACAUGCUGUGCACGUCGAUUCUCGUCGUUGCUGUACAGAAUUGCAACGCGGGAUACUCAUUGUGAUCAUUGUUAUUGUGCAUUUAGAUAACACAGUUUUAAAUGGUUAGCUAAAGCUAAUUAGCCGAAUGUAGGACAUUGUUAGCUUAGCUCUGUUGAACAGGCUAACACAACUACGCUUUAAUGACAGAACAACAAUGCUGCCAGUGCAUAUGCAGCUUUUUAUGCUUCUACGGUUUUGUGGAUAAAUCAACCUGAUAGUGGACCGUGUAUAUUUAAAAAACAUGUAUAUUUUUGCCUCGCUAUGCAUGAUUUUUUUUAGCAUUUACUGUACAUUAUGUAAAUACAGUCCACACAAUAUGUGCAGUAAAUUGAACUUAGCUUAUUCUUUCAUUUUGUUUUACACCGAAAUAAACAGUAGUAUAUGAAAAAAAUCUAGCUGAUCAAAUGAAUUUUUAAACGAGCUUCAUGUGAUGUGUAAGCCAUCAACUUACUUUUUGUUUUGCAAAUGGAUACAUUUUAAAUAAAAGAAAAUAGUGGUAAAAUGAUGUGUGGGUUUGAAGUUUUUCAUCAUAUGUAGUAUUUUUAUUCAGACUGUAAUAACCUGAGUUCACAGUGUUCACUAUUAUAAAUAUACACAUCUUAUAUAUUUCCAAUAUUAGUUCAUAUUUGAUUAUUACUGCCAGGUACAGAGUAGCAUGUAGAAUGCAUGUCAUACAAAYAAUUAAUAUGUAAUGUAACUGUAUAAAAGAGGGUUUCCAGAGCAAGGAUGCAGAACUGUAUCUUGUGCAAAAGGUGUUGCAGCAUCUACGCCAUGUAAAAUCUGCAGCACGUUGUCUCACAUAAACAGGCAUCUUGUCUUUACAACCUGAUAAUAACUUUAAAAAGUAAGACAAGAAAUAAAUGUGACAUGACAGUUGGGAAAUAACAUGCCUAAGGAGCAAGGUUUUUUUCUCUCAGCAGAUUAAGCAUAACAAACCCCACAGCUGCAAUUAUAAUUGUAGCAUCAUUACCCUGUUAAUAAAUCCUGUACUAAAGCCAAAGAUUACAAACCUAUUAGAACCUGGUAUGGAAAGGUACCUGUAAAUAAAUGCAUUUAUGUGCAUCUGUUCAACUGUAUCUAAAAUUAUUAUUUAGUCUGUCUCCAGAACCCUUUAUGGAUGGAAAUAAAUAUUACAAGGCACUUCACCCUGCAUCUUUUUUCCCCUUUCCUUAGUAGUUAUUCUGUGGACUGAGCUGUAUAGACCAGGUGUCUGAUGAUGGAGGACCACGCCGUGAACCAGACGGAGCACAUGACCACCAUCGAGGCCAGCGCCGUCAGCCAGCAGGUCCACGUGGCCACCUUUACAGAAGCAUCUAUGAUGAGUGCUGAUGAGGACUCGACAUCCUCACCAGACGACGACCCUUAUGACGACACAGACAUCCUCAACUCAGCUGGCACUGAUGAGGUCACUGCUCACCUUGCAGCUGCAGGUCCAGUAGGCAUGGCUGCUGCUGCUGCUGUGGCAACYGGUAAGAAAAGAAAAAGGCCUCACAUCUUUGAAUCCAAUCCCUCGAUCCGUAAGAGGCAGCAGACUCGUUUGCUCAGGAAACUGCGCGCCACACUGGACGAGUACACCACCAGAGUGGGCCAACAGGCCAUAGUGCUGUGUGUUUCUCCCUCCAAACCAAACCCUGUGUUCAAGGUGUUUGGUGCUGCUCCGCUGGAGAAUGUGGUGAGAAAGUAUAAGAGCAUGAUGUUAGAGGACCUGGAGAACGCCCUGGCUGAGCACGCUCCUGCUGGUGGAGAGUUGGCCUCAGAGYUGCCCCCGCUCACCAUUGAUGGCAUCCCCGUCUCGGUGGAUAAGAUGACCCAGGCCCAGCUGCGAGCGUUCAUCCCAGAGAUGCUGAAGUACUCCACGGGCAGAGGGAAGCCCGGCUGGGGCAAAGAGAGCUGCAAGCCRGUGUGGUGGCCCGAGGACAUCCCCUGGGCCAACGUUCGCAGCGACGUCCGCUCAGAGGAGCAGAAACAGAGACGAGGCGGCAGCCCAAGCUGUAGCGACGCUGGCCGAGGCCACUCUUCAAGGCGGGGGGCAGAUCGUGCUGGCAGAGACGGCAGCCGCCGUUGGGGCUCUCGCGGGGGUUCAAGAUGCCACAGGUUUGGUCCAGAUUCCAGUCAGCAUGUACCAGACUGUAGURACCAGCCUCGCCCAGGGCAACCGUCCCGUUCAGGUGGCCAUGGCGCCCGUCGCCACACGCAUAGACAACACUGUCACACUGGACGGCCAGGCGGUGGAGGUUGUGACCUUGGAGCAGUGACACUAUGGACCUUGGGAGGAGCGGAAAGCACUGAACCUUGGAGAUUUGUUUCUCUCCUUUUCCAAGACAACACAUUGUGUACAAUGUUGGAUAUAUUUUUAAAUGUGUACAUCUGCAGGGGAAAUUAAGUGGUUGAUAAUGCAUUGUGUUUACUAUGUAAAGAUAUUGCUUUUGUUGUUGUUUUUUUUUUUUUCCUUAUUUUUUUUAGCUCUGGGAUGUUGAGUGUUUAGUAUUUAUUUCCUUACAAUUAACCCAAGGAUAACCAAAAAGCCUGGGAGCAAAGCCACCACUGCAUCACUCAACGGACUCAGUGUUCUGCAUUUUUGGCACAAUCUCUGUGCUUUAUUCUUUUUUUUUUCUUUUUUUUUAUGCAUCUAAAAAUUGGUACUAUAGUCUGAAAUUUCCCUUCUGUUUCUCGUAUUCCCGAUUCUAAAAAUCCUCUCCGUCUCACGUGACUCCUUCUGUACAGAGCACCGUAUCUGCACUCCCAUUAACGUUUCUUCAUUAUAUGAGGAUUGCGUUGAAAUAUCCUCCUGUCGUGCUUUUUUCCCUCUUUGACCGUAGUCCACAGACAUGCCAAAAUGUGCAGCGACUCAGGAUAUACAUCAUUAUGUUGUUUACUGCUGUGAUUGCUGAACUGCAGUCCUUUUUGUCAAAUUUAUUUAUAGUGCAUGGAUUCCGAAAGGCACCCAUUAGUGUUAUUUUUAAUAUGAACUUCUCUCUUUGGGUCACUUAAGCCUAAGUGAGCUAUAUCACUUUAUACAUCACAGGAAGUUGUACUUGGAUAAGAGCUGCAGUAUUUUUGAUGCAGAGGAGCAUUUUAAGCUAAAACAAAAUAAUAAUGCUUAUUGACAAUUGUAUGCGGCUUUAACCGUCGGUUUAACCCUCAUCAAACUUGUGUGUUUGAAAAAAAUGACGUCCAAUAAAAUGAUUGCUGUUUACUAUUUCAAA